AUAAUGGUUUCAAGAUGGCGCAGGAUGCAACCGAAAUCAGGAAAAAAUUAUUUAGAUCUCCUAUGGUUGAGGGCGAUAGGUUAGCAGACAACAAUACAUCCAUGAAUCUAAUGACAAGAUUACAUAUUGAACAUGAUAUGGAACAUGUAUUUAAAACAGUUAAAAAAGAUAUGCAUGAACAAAGGUUAAAGCAAUUAAGACAGAAACUGAAGACAUUAGAAGAAGAUGAUUGGAGAUACCCUCCUGUGGAGAAGUUGAUUGGUCUGCAUUGACAGGCAUGCAUAUAAAGAAAGGGAAUGAGUAUAUACAGGGCAAAUUCACAAACAAAUAAAAUCACAAGAUCAUGCCCAGAAGACUUCAUUUUGAUCAGUGAAGAGUGCUAUGGAGCUGUGUAGUGGUGUCAAAUGAUUUCAAUUUGACUUCAUUUGAAAGAAAUAACAAAUUAAAGCACAGUCUUUUGAUUAGUUUACCAGUGAAAAAUUGUGCCCUGUUAUCUACUUCUUUUGGUUGUACAGUAUAUGAUAUGAAGGGGAGUGAGAGUAUAAAACUAUAUCUUUAUUUUAGUUUAUCUGUUUUUCUUGUAUUAGAAAAGAUGUACAAUGUAAUUUGAAAAAAAAUAUUCUCCUUCACUGCAAGAUGUAAAAUAUUAUAUUAUUUGUAAUGUAAGAUGUCUUUCCAUUUUAUACACAGUAUUUUGAUUUUAAGAAUAUUUUAAGUAUUGUAAGAGUUGUCUUUCCUUUUACACAUACUAUACAUGAAUAUCUUGAUUUAAAGGAGGAAUGCUACAAAAUCAGAUUAAAAUCAGAUCCUUUGAUCCACUCACAUAGAUCGUAGCGAUCUAUGUGAGCGGAUCAAAGGCUCUGAUUUUAAUCAGAUUGAAAUGCUAAAUCAAAGUUUUAUUUACCGGGGCAAUGAAUAUUUAAGACAUAUUCCUUAUUGAAAACCAUGAAUUAAUUUUUUAUGAAAAUUUUAGAAAUAAAAUUAUUUAAACUUGA